GUAUCCUAUGUCGUUAGUUUUCACUUUUGCUGUUGUUAUAUUGAGACAUACGUUUCAGAGGAAAGAACAUGUUACACCAUGAAACAUGUUGUCGAACUCAUGCCAUUCGAGGGAGUUAACAGAGCUUUUCCAUAUGUUUCCACUAACGAAGCCCAGACGCCUGUGAUUUUUAAAUUGGUACACUCGAAGAAUUUCAAUGUGGGAGUUCACUCACUGAUACUUCUUGACAAAAUCUCAUCCAAGAAUAAGAUUGUCAGUGAUAAAUUUUACCGUGCAUUGUACUCUAAACUUCUUCUCUCCUCGGCAAUGAAUUCUUCCAAGGAAAGCUCAAUUUUGUUAUCUUCUGUUUUCCUACUUUCCAUCACGCUGAAAUGUUUAUUGGGCUUCUCCCCAGAGAUUUGA